UUCCCUUCGGCAGGUUGACAUGAUGGAUUGUGACCCGGAAGAACUUUUCAUCGGCCCCCAAACAAGAGGAUGUUCGGUUAACCAAAUUGUUAGCUUGCCAGCCAAGUCGGGAAGUUGCAAUAUUAUUGUUGUCAGCUGAAGCUGGAGGAAACGAUGCGGGAUAUCGGAUGUUGGCGAGCGAACAUUAACGCGUUGGGAUUUGUUUGUUGUGAAUUUUGAGAGUCGGGCUGUUUGCCGAUGCUAGUUAGCUUAGCUUUGCUAACGGAGUCGAGGCCAGCGGCUGUAACGUCUCUGUCUAGUUAACGUGGAUGUUUGGCAGAGAGCUGAACUGCUACCAGAAGACCGACGAGACAUUUAUCAAGUGAAGAUUUUUCACUAACAAACAUCUUCAGUUCGGGCAUGUAAUUUAACCCGACGAGCACGAAACGUCCGUGUUGAAGUACAGUUUGGUUUGGUUUUGAUGCUUUAGCGUAGCAGAAGGUUAGCCGAAGAGAAAAGUGCAGUCAUGGAUGAUUUUAGCUCGAUCAGCCUGCUUUCUCUUGCUAUGCUGGUGGGAUGUUAUGUGGCCGGAACAAUACCUUUAGCAGUCAACUUCUCGGAGGAGAAGCUGAAGCUGGUCACAGUGCUGGGCGCGGGGCUGCUGUGCGGGACUGCACUUGCUGUUAUCAUCCCUGAGGGGGUACACGCACUUUAUGAAGAAAUCCUUGAAGGAGGACACCACAGCCACGGCCAGGUUGGAGUGGUGGAAGUGUCCGAGCCGAAGGGUGACGCAGAAGCAGCCCUGAGUGCCAGCGGGAAACACGAGCACAGUCACGAGCAGCUUCAUGCCUGCAUCGGCGUGUCUCUGGUCCUGGGCUUCGUCUUCAUGCUGCUGGUGGACCAGAUCGGCAGCUCUCAUGUGCACAGCGCCGAAGAUCCAGAGUCGGCAAGAGUCGCCUCCUCGAAAAUCACCACCACCCUGGGUCUCGUGGUCCACGCUGCAGCUGAUGGGGUGGCGCUUGGAGCUGCCGCCUCCACGUCUCAGACCAGCGUUCAGCUCAUCGUCUUCGUAGCCAUCAUGCUGCAUAAGGCCCCAGCGGCGUUCGGCCUCGUGUCGUUCCUGAUGCAUGCUGGUCUCGAGAGGAACCGCAUCCGCAAACACCUCCUGGUCUUUGCCCUGGCAGCUCCCGUCCUCGCCAUGCUCACCUUUUUAGGCCUCAGUCAGAGCAGCAAAGAGGCCCUGUCGGACAUCAACGCCACCGGCGUCGCCAUGCUCUUCUCUGCCGGCACCUUCCUCUACGUGGCCACCGUCCACGUCCUCCCUGAGGUCGGCGGUGGCGGCCACAGUCACGCCCCUGCCGGAGGGAACGGAGGCAAAGGACUGAGCAAAGUGGAGGUGGGAGCUCUGGUGCUGGGCUGCCUCAUCCCUCUGGUGCUGUCCGUCGGCCACCACCACUAGACCCAGAGCUCAGGACGGCGUCAACACGGUGUACAGGGGAAGGAAACAGAAACGUCAAACAUUGUGGGAUCUAAAUGUCUUACUGCUAGGCGUCCGCUGAUGGAUCUCGUGGACCAGAGACGUCUUAUGACUUGAAACUGACCUUGAAGCGGGGCGUGACCGAUCAGGGCUGCUGCGGUGACAGCCGAGGCACGCCGCGGUGUUUUCUUUUGCUCACACUGACCACGAAACAUCCCACGGCUGCAGUGUGCGUCCGGUCGCUUCACCAGAAACGUUUCAGAGAGGCCAGCAGUGGACCCUUCAGCUGUGUUUGUCCACAUCAGCGUGUAGUUUUCACUGUUGCGUUGUUGUGCUCGUUAAAGAACCAAAACCCCGUUUAAUUACGGUGAUGUUUUACUAGAAGGCAGUUGCACAGUGAGAUUGUGAUCGUCUUGAUUUAAGCCUGUGAUAUCAAAAAAGCAAACUCUUUUUUUUCUUCUUCUUCUUCUUCUUCUUUUUUUAAUAAUUGUACAAAAUGUAAAUCUCUUAACCACAAUGCAGGCUGAUUUUGAACUGAUUUUCAAGUGCCAUAUUAGUCAGAUGAAACGGAUACGCGAAGAGACGGCGGCGCCAAAUAGACCUUAGAGUUUGUAGAAAAUGUUCCUCACUUCUUUUCCCGCCAGGAUUAUUGCAGCCAACUGCAAUGCUUUGACCUGUGUGUGAUGAGUACUGACGGCGAGUACUGACGGCGAGUACUGACGGCGAGUCCUGCGUCACGGAAAAGACACGACCAGCCUUUUGACGCGUCUCUUUUAAUUUAGGGGUUUGGUUCCUGGAUGUGUUUAUUUCUAUUCUGUUUUAAUUGGAGAGUAAUUAUGAAUAGAGGGAAAAGUGCGUAUAGAAGUGUCUUAAAUGUUGGCGUAGCGUGUUGUUAAGCGUCUGUAGAGGUGGAGGGUCAGCGGCUCUUCCUGUAUGAGAGAUUCAUUCAACCGCGUGAAACGUUUAGGGACCAUCGGCUCGGGAGGACAAGUGAUUUAUAUAUAUGUUUUAUUUUAGCGUUUUAGUUGAUUGAUCCGUCAUUAAUUAGUCACACCUGAGCAAUAAUCACACUUGCUUCUCAGUCUGAAAUGUUUUAUCGUCACUGAUUCUGGACGCGUUUCCGCGGUAACAGGCCGAUGACGUCAAAACGCGUCGGGACACGUGGGCGUCGUGUUAGCGUGUCGCUGUGCCUGCUCGCAGCAGAGCUCGUGUGUGUGUGCUGUACAGAGUAACUCCUUCCUGCCGCAGUCGUCACCAGACGGAAACGCUCGCUCACUGAAACACUUUUUUGUUUUAGUUGUUUCUUUAAAUUUCGUUUCUUUUGGACGUGUUUGACUUUCAGACUGUCUCACUUUUGUGUAUGAAGUGAAUGUUUUUACGCGGGAAACUUGUCAAAUAGCUCCAAGUUAAAUGGCGGUUUUUGUUUUCUGGGGGAUGCUGUGUGUGUGUACUGAAAAGAGAGGGAAACGUCCACACUGAUUUGCUGUACGCGUGGACGCGUUGGGAGGACAAGCCCACGUGCUGUCUCAUCUGUCACAACAGUCUGACGUCAGAGUGCCUGCUCAGAUUUGCCAUUUUCAAAAUGUGUUUCUCAUCCCGCUGAAACAAAAACAAACAAAACUAAAUGAAUUCAGUGUACAACAAA